UCUCCGAAUAAUCGAAAAACAUUGUGAUUUGGUAUCUCUGCAGCUAAAUUGGGCGAAAGAAUAAGGAAUUCACUACCAAGAAUGACCUUGGAUAUGUCAUUUGUCAAGUAUCACGACCGGUUGUCAAUGUCAAUUUGCUUCCGUCUUUCUUCAAAAAACUACCAUGGCGCCCGUAGCAAAGGAAAAGAAAGAGAAAAAGGAGGUGAAGGACAAGUCCAAGAACCCCAUGAGAGAUCUCCACAUCAGAAAAUUAUGCCUGAACAUCUGUGUUGGAGAAUCCGGUGACAGACUAACCCGUGCUGCCAAGGUGUUGGAACAGCUCACAGGUCAACAACCAGUUUUCUCAAAAGCUAGGUACACAGUCAGAUCUUUUGGUAUCAGAAGGAACGAAAAAAUCGCUGUUCACUGUACGGUACGUGGCGCCAAAGCUGAGGAGAUUUUGGAAAGGGGUCUAAAAGUACGAGAAUAUGAAUUGAGGAGGGACAACUUCUCAGGUAAUUGAACUCUUCAUGAAACUAUUGUGCAGUUCAAGUGAUUUACAAUUGUACGCUUUUCACACCCAAUUCAAUACUGCCAUUAGUGCAAUUUUCAUAUUUUGAGUUAACUUCAAAUGCGUCAAAGUUUCAAAUGGAAUAAAGUCUUGUAAAUACAUUUAAAAAAAAAUGUAUUAAAUAUGAAAUGGGUAUGUGGUGCGAGUAAACAUAAGAUACCUAGAGAAAUUGUGAUUUUUGUAUGCAAAUACAUCUAGGAAAACCUCACCAUAUUACUCUGCUGUGUUCUGAUUGAUCCAUAUCCACAAUGGAACAUUAAUCUGGUGUGAAAAAUGACUGUACAAUGCAUUAAAUAUAAUUUCCAAAAAUGUAACAAAACUCUACCAAUAACUCAAACUGAGAUCCAAGUGGUUUGGUCUAGGUUUAAGCUGGUUUUGGUUUAGCCUUUGAAUAUUGGUUUAAGCUUUGGUUUGAUUUAGAAAAACCCAAUGUAACAAUUUUUUUUAAAUGAUUCUCUGAUGUCUUUGUGACCAGUUUCUGUUGUGAAUUAACAGUGCUACUAAAUGCUUUUGAGUAUCAUGAAAAGACUUUUUUUUUUAUAAAAAUGGUUUGACAGAAACAAUUUUCAUUUUAUAUUACAUAAUAGACACUUCUACACAUAUAAAAAAUGCAAACAUCACCAUUUCUCUAGGACUCUCAGAUUUACCUACCACCAUUUUUUGCCUGGCAUAUUGGUAUGAGCACAAACACAAACAGACUGCCAUUUAGUUCAAUAUAAAUUAGCUCCACUAUGUUUGCUUAUAUCAUUUAAAUCCUUUAAUUAUUUGUGAAGAACUAAGAAAAUGCCUUCCGUUAUGCAAAGGUGGACUGUUUAAUUCACCACAGCAGAAAGGAAGGCAUUUCAAUGUUCAGAAGAAACUUGAUAACCGAUUUUCAAAAGAGUAGAGAUAGUUUACAUUGUACUAAAGGGCAUUCUAUGUCCAGUUACUUGUUUGAAAAUGAUCUGUUGCUGUUAUUUUUCAGCAUCUGGUAACUUUGGAUUUGGUAUCCAAGAACACAUUGACUUGGGUAUCAAAUAUGACCCAAGUAUUGGUAUUUAUGGUCUGGACUUUUAUGUAGUGUUGGGCCGACCUGGUUUCAAUGUUGCCCACAGGAGAGCCAAGAAGGGCAAAGUUGGUUCACCACAUCGACUGACAAAAGAAGAUGCAAUGAAAUGGUUCCAACAGAAAUAUGAUGGUAUCAUUCUUGCUAGUAAAAAGUGAGGUGUGAUUAUAUCAUGUAUGUUUUGACAUUUAACAUAUUUGUAUGACUACACCUAAUAAAGUUUGUUUAUAAGAUAUA